UCCGGGUUGGCCCCGCCCCCUUCCCGGCUACGGCGUGGGGCUGCAAACGGUUCGUCCCAGUGGCUCCUCUUACCGCUUCCCUUGUGGCUCGCGGUCAUGGGCCAGGAGCCUCGCACGCUGCCGCCCUCCCCCAACUGGUACUGCGCCCGGUGCAGCGAUGCGGUCCCCGGGGGCCUCUUCGGGUUCGCGGCGCGGACCUCCGUCUUCCUCGUCCGCGUGGGCCCCGGCGCUGGCGCGAUCGCUGGGACGCCCCCGUUUCGAGUCAUAGGAGAGCUGGUGGGACACACCGAAAGAGUCUCUGGCUUCACGUUUUCUCAUCAUCCGGGUCAAUACAACCUUUGUGCCACCAGCUCUGAUGAUGGGACUGUGAAAAUCUGGGAUGUAGAGACAAAAGCAGUUGUGACAGAACAUGCACUCCAUCAGCAUACUAUAUCAGCAUUGCAUUGGUCUCCUCGGGUGAAGGACUUAAUAGUAUCUGGAGAUGAGAAAGGAGUGGUGUUUUGUUACUGGCUUAACAGAAAUGACAGCCAGUACCUCUUCAUAGAACCCAGGACAAUUUUCUGCCUUACUUGCUCACUUCAUCAUGAAGACUUAGUAGCCAUUGGCUACAAGGAUGGCAUAGUGGUAAUAAUUGACAUCAGCAAGAAAGGAGAAGUCAUUCACAGGCUUCGGGGCCAUGAUGAUGAGAUCCACUCCAUAGCCUGGUGUCCUGUGCCUGGUGAAGACUGUUUAUCCAUAAGUCAAGAGGAAAAUUCAGAAGAACCUGAACUUCCUAAUGGGAAAGUUGUAGCACAAACUCCAGUAACAAAGGGCUGCUACUUAGCCACUGGAAGCAAAGAUCAGACCAUUCGAAUCUGGAGCUGCUCUCGAGGCCGAGGUGUGAUGACUUUGAAAUUGCCCUUUCUGAAGAGAAGAGGAGGUAUGGACCCAACUAUUAAGGAACGCCUUUGGUUGACACUCCAUUGGCCCAAGGAUCAGCCAACACAGCUGGUAUCCAGCUGUUUUGGAGGUGAAUUGCUGCUAUGGGAUCUCACUCAGUCUUGGAGGCGAAAAUAUACCCUCUUUAGUGCUUCAGCAGAAGGGCAAAAUCAUUCAAGAAUUGUGUUUAAUUUAUGUCCGCUGCAAACUGAGGAUGACAAACAGCUGCUGCUUUCCACAUCAAUGGACAGAGAUGUAAAAUGCUGGGACAUGGCCACCCUGGAGUGUUGCUGGACACUGCCUUCCCUUGGUGGCUUUGCCUACAGUCUGGCUUUCUCUCCUGUGGACACAGGCUGUUUGGCCAUAGGCGUUGGAGACGGCAUGAUCCGUGUAUGGAAUACAAUCUCCAUAAAGAACAACUAUGAUGUGAAGAAUUUCUGGCAGGGUGUCAAGUCCAAGGUUACAGCGCUGUGCUGGCACCCAACCAAGGAAGGCUGCUUAGCUUUUGGAACGGAUGACGGAAAAGUGGGAUUGUAUGACACCUACUCUAACAAACCUCCCCAGAUCUCCAGCACAUACCAUAAGAAGACUGUGUACAGUUUAGCCUGGGGGCCACCAAUACCUUCCCUGUCAGCUGGAGGAGAAGGAGACAGACCCUCCCUCACUUUAUACAGCUGUGGAGGGGAGGGGCUUGUCUUGCAACAUAACCCCUGGAAGCUUAAUGGAGAGGCUUUUGACAUCAACAAACUCAUCAGGGACACCAAUUCAAUCAAAUACAAACUGCCUGUACACACAGAGAUCAGCUGGAAAGCAGAUGGCAAAAUCAUGGCUCUUGGCAAUGAAGACGGAUCAAUAGAAAUAUUUCAGAUUCCCAACUUGAAACUGAUCUGCACCAUCCAGCAGCAUCACAAGCUUGUGAAUACCAUUAGCUGGCAUCAUGAGCAUGGCAGCCAGCCAGAGCUGAGCUAUCUGAUGGCCUCCGGGUCCAACAACGCUGUUAUUUAUGUGCACAACCUGAAGGCGGUCAUAGAGAGCAAUCCUGAAUCUCCAGUGACCAUUACAGAGCCCUACCGGACCCUCUCAGGGCACACUGCCAAGAUUACUAGUCUGGCAUGGAGCCCACACCAUGAUGGAAGGCUGGUGUCUGCUUCCUAUGACGGCACAGCGCAGGUGUGGGAUGCUCUCCAGGAAGAGCCUCUAUGCAACUUCCGAGGACAUCGAGGUCGGCUGCUGUGCGUGGCAUGGUCCCCCUUGGAUCCAGACUGCAUCUACUCGGGAGCAGAUGACUUCUGUGUGUACAAAUGGCUCGUCUCCAUGCAAGAACAUUCCCGGCCUCCCCAAGGCAAGAAAAGUAUUGAAUUAGAGAAAAAAAGGCUCUCUCAACCUAAGCCAAAGCCCAAAAAGAAGAAAAAGGUCACCUCGAGAGUGUCCGUAAAGCAGGAGUUGUAUGAGGGGAAUGAAGAAGAAAGCAUAAGGGAGAGCACGGGGCCUGUUGAGAACGGCAGCGUGUCCGACCAGGAGGGAGAAGAGGAAGCACGGGAGCCAGAGUUACCCUGUAGAGUCGCCUCCAUAGUUUCUAGAGAACCAGUUAUAUGCCCUCCAGUUUCCUUAGGCUUAGAAAAGCCAAAAGUCAUCGUUAAUAAUAAAGUCACUUUACUGAAAAAGGAGCCACCUAAGGACAAGCCAGAAGCCUUAGUAAUGAAGAAGCGAAAAGCCCGUUCCAUGCUUCCACUGAGUACAAGCCUGGACCACAGGUCCAAAGAGGAGCUUCAUCAAGACUGUUUGGUACUAGCAGCUGCAAAACACUUCAAAGCAGAGCUAAAUGAGGAUGUGUCUGCCGAUCUUGAGGAAAGAUUUCACCUGGGACUGUUCACAGACAGGGCUACCCUGUACCGAAUGAUGGAGGUUGAAGGAAAGGGUCACUUGGAAAAUGGCCACCCUGAGUUGUAUCACCAGCUUAUGCUUUGGAAAGGAGACCUAAAAGGUGUUCUCCAGACUGCAGUGGAAAGAGGGGAGCUGACAGACAAUCUCGUGGCUAUGGCGCCAGUGGCUGGCUACCAUGUGUGGCUGUGGGCUGUGGAAGCUUUUGCCAAACAGUUGUGUUUUCAGGAACAGUAUGUCAAGGCUGCCUCUCACCUACUUUCUAUUCACAAAGUGUAUGAAGCUGUGGAGCUGCUCAAGUCACACCAUUUCUACAGGGAGGCUAUUGCAGUUGCCAAGGCCCGCCUGCGCCCUGAGGACCCAAUCCUGAAGGACCUGUACCUCAGCUGGGGAGCCAUCCUAGAAAAAGAUGGCCAUUAUGCUGUCGCUGCUAAAUGCUAUUUAGGGGCCGCUUCCGCUUAUGAUGCAGCCAAAGUUUUGGCCAAAAAGGGGGAUGCAGCAUCACUUAAAACAGCCGCAGAGUUGGCUUCCAUCGCGGGAGAGGAUGAGUUGUCUGCGUCCCUGGCUCUCAGAUGUGCCCAAGAGCUGCUUCUGGCCAGGAACUGGGUGGGAGCCCAGGAAGCCCUGCAGCUCCAUGGAAGUCUGCAGGGCCAAAGACUGGUGUUCUGCCUUCUUGAGCUCCUCUCUAAGCACCAGGAGGAAAGGCAGCUGUCCGAGGGGGAAAGCUCUCCCGCAUCUUACAACACCUGGUCCGCAGGCAUCGCGGGGCCCCUCACGGAGAGGGUGACUGCGGUAUGGAAGAGCGCCUUCGGCCUGGACACCCCCGAGCAGUACCGGGCAGCACUGCAGCAGCUGCAGACUAUCAAGUACCCGUCUGCUACGAAUAACACCCCCUUCAAACAGCUCCUGCUUCACAUCUGCCAUGACCUGACGUUGGCAGUGCUGAGCCAGCAGGUGGCCUCCUGGGACAAGGCUGUGGAAGCUCUGCUCCGGGCAGUGGUCCGGAGCUACGACUCGGGGAACUUCACCGUCAUGCAGGAAGUGCACUCAGCCUUUCUUCCUGAGGGCUGUGAUCACCUAAGAGACAAGCUGGGUGACCAUCAGUCCCCUGCCACACCAGCUUUCAAAAGUUUGGAGGCCUUUUUCAUCUAUGGGCGUCUGUAUGAAUUCUGGUGGUCUCUCUCCAGGCCUUGCCCUGAAUCUAAUGUCUGGGUAAGGGCUGCCCAUAGUCGGACAACCUCUGGUGAACAAAGCCAGCAGUCGGAUGAUGCCAGCUCUGAAGAAACUGACCCCCAAGCUCCUCAGCCAGAGCCAAGGAAGCCUCCAGAACUAGACAUGAGACUCACAGAAGAGAGUAAGCGAAUGCUGAACACUUGUAAGGAGCUUUUGUCAGAAAAGCACGCCAGCUUCCAAAACUCACAGAGAACUGUUGCUGAAGUUCAGGAAACCUUGGCAGAAAUGAUCCGCCGACACCAGAAGAGUCAGUUCUGCAAAUCCACAGCGAAUGGCCCUGAUAAAAAUGACCCCGAACAGGAAGCCGAACAGCCCCUCUCCAGUCCUCAGAGCCUGGGUAAAGAAGAGAAAAAUGAGCCACUUUCUCUACCUGAAUUAACCAAAAGGCUUACGGAGGCGAAUGAGAGAAUAGCUAAGUUUCCUGAGAGUGUGAAGACCUGGCCCUUUCCAGAUGUGCUGGAGUGCUGCCUGGUCCUGCUUCACAUCGGGUCCCAGUGUCCUGAGAGCAUGACCCAGGAAAUGCAGCAACAGGCCCAAGAGCUGCUUCAGAAAUACGGCGGCACUAAAGUUUACCAAAGACACUGCCAGACCUUCUGCACGUGAACUUUCAAGGACCUUUAAAAUAAAUUGCAUCAAAUUCAAAACGUCUGACACCUUUCACCUCUGCCAGGCAUUUGCUCUGAUCCCUAGAUGUUUUUUGCAGUGAUCCAAAUAAUACAAAACGAGGGUCAAGUUUGGAUCAACUCUACCCUUAAAAACAGAAUCUGACUUUGGACUCAGUUGUAGUUCCCUACUAAAGGAUCUUCCAAAGCCAGCAGUAGUUGUUAGAACACCUGCAAGAGUAAUUGUUGGUCAUCUCUAAAGCCUUAUGUAGAUUUCAUCCAAAGAGAAGAAACUUUUGUUCAAAGUGUUAUGUUCUUAUACACAAGCUACCUUUACAAAUGCUUCCCCUGAUCGUAACCACCACCAUUCUUGUUUGAGAUAGAAUUGCUGUAGUUUAUGACCACGGUAUCAUUUUUUUAAUUUUGUUAACUUGGGCUCUCCCCUUCUACUCUACUACUAACUGCUACUUCUACUGAGUGUGAAACAGGCCUUACCCAUCAUGUUGUCUUUAUCCUAGGUCAAAAAUUUGGUUUUAUUGUUACAUAUAAUUGCUUAUUUGAACAAAUCAUUUACUAAAGUGUUAGAAGAACAAAUAAGUAACUCAAGUGAGUCUUAACCCUUCAGUUUUGAUGGUGAGCAAAAUAGCUCGGAAAGAAAUUACUGUUUCAGUUUUUCUUAAUCUUUUUUGGAUCACAGGAGAAUUAGAUUGAAGCCACAGAUGAUCUUCCAAGAAAAAUGCAUAUUCCUUCCUUAUUUUGUAUGUGUAAGUUUUGGAUCAUUGGACUUCAACUUUUGGAUCAUGCAUAAUGGACACAACAUACUAAUUAAUUACAAACUCUUGUUCUUGUAUUUUUUUUAAACUAAUGAGCAUUCUUUUGAAGCCUGUUCUUUUCUUUGGUUAAAUAGUUGGACAAUGUCAGGAACAGAUGUUUCCGUAGUAUCCCAGUUGCUAGAUCAUAAAAAUUAAGACAGUUGGGUGAGGUUGAUGAGGAGCACUCUUUCCCAAUAACUGAACUGAUUCAUGGCUUUUCUGCAAGAAUUUCACUUGCUAAUUCACCACAUGUAUAAUGAGUGGUCCCAGGAAAUAGAGUUAAUACUGGUUUCCAAGUAAGGCCAAAUAAUCAGCGACAAGUGUGAAAUGUUCCACUUACACAGAUGCUCAUUAAAAGCUUCCUUCAAAGUGAAGCGUUCUGGAUGCGAGCCACCUUGUGGAAAAUGGAGGCAAGACCUUGGGGAUACACAAGAUGCUGUUACCAACUGCUAAUAUCCAUUUCUAGCGCCAGGAAUUCAUAGCUAUGAAAGAUCAAACCUGCAUGCCAGUAGUUAAAAAGAAAUCUUUAUUAUACAAAAUUAAAAACAUAAAUAUAUUUACAAGCAUCUUAAAUACCAGCUUAUAAUACUUGACAUUUUUGAAUAAUUUCAAAUUGAGUUUUCUAUAAGCUUUUAAAAUGCAAGACUAUUCAUCCACUUCAGUGAGUUACCAGUUCCAUUUCCACCAUUCCAAAUGGGUUUUUUGGGUUUUCAAAAUUAUCCAUACUGUCAUUUAAAAAAAAAGAUACAGUGUACUUUUUAAAUGACUAGUUUUUUUGGGGGGGGGAAUCACAGUCCUGAGCUUUCUACCCCAGUUGUGGGAUAUUAUUCCACGAGAACAAAUUCCUAUAAAACAAAUUCCUUACUGUCCUGUUUAUAUGCACCACUAAAACUUUGAAGAUUCGCAUUUCUGGUACUCACAUUAAUCCAUCUCCCUAACUUCUCAGGUUUUCGGAAAACAGAGAAGAGAGGUGGCGGAAUACAAAUGCCCAUCUGAAAUCACAACAGACUUAUGAUCCAAAAAUCUGAUCUUAACUAAUUUCCUUCAGGAUCAAAUCUAUGAUUUUGUUACAUGAAAACACAAAGUGACUUCAAAUGGUGCACAUGUCACAGCAAAUUUCAAUGGCACAAUAGAAUAUAAAGACACUUAAGUGGCUAAUUUAAUGUCCACUCUGGUGUUCCUUAUGAAUAAAGAGUAGACAAGUUCAGUAUUUUUUUUUAAGAUAAGUUACCAUUAUCUGGUCUUCAAAUUUCAGCACUGAGCAUGUAAUUCAUUCCCAUGAGGAAAGCAAAUGUCCUCGAGAAGGGUCA